AUGUCCGACGCCACCACUUCAACUGUAACUCUUCCACCACAGCCCCUGGACGGGCCCAACAAUCAUGGACCUCUUAUAAAUGUUCUUACUUGGUUUCUUGUCAUAGUCAGCUUUCUCACGGUGUCAACACGGAUUGCAACGAAAUGGCUGGUCUCAAAGAAAGUCAACAUUGAUGAUGCCAUGAUUUCGGCAUCUCUUUUGUUAAGCAUCGGUCAAGUGGUGGCAAUUGGCAUUUCGGUGCUCAAUGGGGUUGGGAAGCACAUCCAUGAGCUAUCUGCCCAGCAGAUCGUGCUCUUUCAAAAGGCCGUUUAUACCGCAAACAUACUCUGGUUAUUGAGCCAGACGUUUUCAAAGCUCUCUGUAGUCAUAUUUAUUCGAGUCAUUUCGCCAGCAACUUAUAACGCAAAAGCGACACUAGGCCUUAUUGGUAUCAUUACUCUUUGGGCCUCCUCGUCGCUUAUAGUACUGGUUUUUCAAUGUCAGUUGCCGAAUGUAUGGGAUACGAUUCGGAAUCAGUGUAUUGAUCGAGAUAUGUUUUGGGCAUACAGCAACUCAGUCAACAUAAUCAUCGAUCUUUUACUUAUAGGGCUUCCCUGGACAGUUGUCUGGAAUCUUCAGCUACCUAUGCGGCGUAAGGUCGUUGUCGUUGGUUGCUUCGCCACCAGAGCUUUUACAAUAGGUGCGAUUAUUUUCCAAAUGAUCAUGCUCAGCAUAACCAAAAACACAAAAGAUGUUUCAUACGAUCAAUGGCUUAUCCAAAUUGCUAUGGCUUUAGCACAAACACUGGCAAUAGUAACAGCCUGUGUGCCUUACUUGAAGCCGUUCAUGGAUGGGUUGGAGAGCGGCAUGAUUAGAAGCGACGAUCUGCUUCGGCGAACUGAACCCCCAGGGAAAUCUGGCGGAUCAUACGGGAAAGAUCGAAAGUCUCCAAUGAAUUCAGCAAUCAGCAAAAGGCUGUCGAAGAUAUCGGCGCCAAUACGACCCGUGAGACCGUCUCCACACGAGAUGGGUCCUAUCAAGAAUGCAACCAUCAACACAAUAUCAGUCGGGGUAAAUCCAUACGACGAACGAGACUGGGACGUGGGUAGUGAUUCCAGUCAAACCAAGAUAAUCAAGCAGACUAGGUCUUGGGGUGUCGUGAGUUCAGAUGCGACGGAGGUGGGGAUUUCCGACCAUGAAAGCCGGUUUCCAGAAGAGGAAACGAUAGAGAGGAACAGAGGUCACCUAAUGCUGGGGUCGUUCUCGACAUAUACGACUAGUGUUCCAAGCGAACUGGAUCACAGCAUCAUCUACGACAUCAAGGUCCUUGAUUGGUUCAACCCACAAAUCAUAUCUCGUCCCAAGCUAUCGCCUGCAUUGGAUUAG